GCGGGUGUGUGUCGCUGGGCUGCUGCUGGCUCUUCUCUCUGACUCGCUGCACACGCCCUUCGCUGGUCCUUGACGGGGGAUAUCUCUACGGCGGGAACCUGUCGGGAGUAACAAGGGGGAUCAGUGCUUUAGUAGUGCCUUGGUGUGUGAAGGUUAUGAGAUGAUUUAGUGAGGCACCAGAAACGAAGGAAUAGUGUUAAAACGAAAUAGAAAACUGACAAAUAUAUAUCUAAAGGAAAACAAUAUAAACGAACUGUUGGGACAAACGGACAGGCUGAUAAACAUAAAAAAAGGUGAAGAAAACAAAAAGAACUUAAGGAUUUCCUAGAACCCAAGGAUAUACGAACAAAAACAAGUGACUGUGAGUGGAGGUGAAGGGAUAAUAAGCUCAUCCACAGCCAAUACAACAAGAACACCAGAUACAACUACAAAAACAACAAUUACUACUACAACAACUACUUCUACAACCCAACCACAAGCCACCAAGUAGUCUUCGUCGACGCCCAUCUCUGCUCCCCCUCCCUCCCCCCCUCACAUGCCCGCAAUGGCACGGAAGUUACAGAAGUUUAUGAUCCUCUUCGACAACCCGAACCUCCUCUACUUCCCCGGCCACUUCAUCUCCGGCAGGGUGAUCGUCGAGCUCGAGGAGGACACUUCGGUGCUUGGUGUGUACUUCCAUGUGGUGGGCGAGGGCGUGGUGCGCGUGACGGAUCGUCGACAACAAGUGUUCAACGAUAAGGAAAACUACAUCGACUUCCGAAUGCGUCUCCUCGGCGAGCCAGACGAGCGAUACCCCAUGGAGCCCCAGGAGGACCAGACACCCCGGGGUCAAGGUCCCAUCCUGCUGUCCCCGGGCAUCCACAGCUUCCCCUUCAAGCUGGGCCUGCCGCUCGGCCUGCCCUCCACCUUCCUGGGCAAGCACGGCUGGGUCCAGUACUUCUGCAAGGCCGCCCUCCGGGAGCCCAACAGCCUCACCCACAAGAACCAGCAAGUGUUUAUCGUCAUGAACCCCAUCGACCUCAACGUGGAGCCGUCCAUCCUGGCGCAACCUUUCCACUGCGAGAUUGAGCACAGCCUGGGUAUGACAUGCCUCUCCAAGGGCCCCAUAUCGUGCCGCGUCAGGCUGGACCGUGGCGGCUACGUGCCCGGCGAGACCAUCAGCGUGUGGGCGCGGGUGCAGAACCAGAGCAAGGUCACCAUCAAGAAGACCCGAGCGUGCCUGACUGAGACAAUCCAAUACGUGUCCAAGAGCAAAGUGAUACAGACGGAGACGCGGGAGCUGUCGUCCGUGUCUCGGGGGAAGGUGAAGCCGAGUGACACGGAUGACUGGAAGUACGAACAGCUGUACGUGCCCCCGCUGCCCCCCACUAACCUCCGCGGCUGCCACCUCAUCCGCAUACAGUACGACGUGUUUUUCAUCAUCGAGCCGAACAACCUGGAGAAGGAGAUCAGGCUGCAGCUGCCGAUCAUGAUGGCCACCUACCCCUACCGCAACUCCGACGGCACGCUGAAGAAGAAGCGAGGCGCCCAGUACCCAGACGCGCUGCCCAUCUUCAGGCCUUGGCUCAACAACAAGUCCUUCGAGUGAUAUCCUGCACCGCCCCCCUGCCCCCGGAAUCUCUAGCAACCUCUUUGUCCUGAAUCCCUGCCCCGCCCCUCGCACCCAAGGCCUUACUGCAACGCACACCCUCGCCCCGCCCUCUAGCCCUGACCUAAUUCGCGGCCCCUCCUGCCUGUGCCGUCCGUCCCCGUCUUCCUGUCUCCCUCAAGCCCAAGGGAUUUUUUUAUUUUUAUCCUGGAUAUGAAAGACCAUAUGGCAUGGCGAAUGUUUCCUUGUUAAAAUGUUAAUAUUUUCUCAGGUCAGUAACCAUUGUGACUAUAGAGAAGCAUCGAUCAUAAUUAAUCAAACAAAUAGGAAUGAAACGACAAUGAUGCCAGUAAAGCAAGAUGAUAAUUCUCUUGAAGACAGGAGCAGCUUAUUGUUUUCUUGUAACCGCAGCUCCGCCCCCUCCACCCGGUGACUCAUUGCAUACAUCCUCCCCUCUAAGUCAUUCCUUUGGGUUCACGCCAUUCACGAGCGGCGGAACAGGAAGGGGAGCCAAGGGAGGCGGGCCGUGAGGCUGACCACUGGGGAGUGGCUAGAUGUGAUUCCAAACGUUUGAUUUCAAGCUCAAUGCGCUCCAGGUGUGCAGGGGCAGAACAUGCUCAAAGGGCCUGCCAGGAACGAUGACAUCGGUCCACUGAGUCAUUGAGACCGUGUUUUGUAAAACUCAGCUUUAUAGUAAUUAUGGUGACAAUGAUAAUAAUGGUAAUAUUGAUAAUAAUAAUAAUGAUAAACAAUUAUGUAUAAUAAUAAAUAUUAUCAUUACUAAUACAAAAAUAAUUACUAAGACAAUCAUUGUUGUCUAUUAUUACGUAUAUAAAUUUGAAAAGAGAACGGUAGUUAGUUGCAUACACUAUACACAUGUACUUGGAAGUGCCUCGUUAUUAUCUGUAUAUACCGUGCCCCGGAGUGGUGGCUGCGGCGUGCCGCGCACCGCUCCUUGGGACGCAGCGUGCCCGCCGCUACAGCAGCAGCUGUAGUCGAGAAGCCACGCGUGGUCUUCAAGUGAGGCCUUCGAUGAUGGGCUCAAUGCAAAGGCUUAUACUUCAUUUGACCUUGGCCGUUUCAAUACUUUGCCACUAUGCAAAAUUCGCCGCUGCUGCAUUAUUACACUGUAUUAAUAAAACGUGUGCUUGGCACGCUUCUCACGCCGCUUAUCAAGAUCAUGCCCCAAGGAGCUAGAUACUCCACAGACAGUGGUACUGUGAUAAUAUACCGUUGCUGCAAUGACUGCAAAGAUAACAACCGUGCAUGACAUCACUUCCAAGUCCGUGUAAAGGACUGAGUAGGUUACAAGACCGUAGCCUCACCAUGUCCCCGCGUGAAGCAGUCCCGGUGGUUGCUGAUGUGACAAUCCAGAUAGGAAGUGCUGAGCAGGGCGGACCACAUUGUGUGUGUGUGUGUGUGUGUGUGUGAGUCCGCCCUUCAGCCCUCUCUAUGACACCUGUCGGGGCCACACCCCGCCAGUGCUAGGUGGCCCCAGCACACGGUAGUGUUUAACUAUAUUCGUCAAAUCGUGUCACCGCGAUGUGUCAGUUUUGUAAGUCACUAGACUCAUUCAUCUUAUCUAAGUAAGCGGCUAGGUUUACGAAUGUCUGUUUUCAUUCCCUCAUCCAACUGUUAGCCAAGACUCCUCAUCACUAAUGGGCAACACAACAACCAUCAUGGUGCCAUACCUUCCCGUACAUGUGGUUGACAAUGACAGAGUUCGCCGUGCGAUGGUCACGUUGCCGGCACAUAACUUCCUACAUACUGAUGUUUCACAAUUCAUUUCAAAUUAAAGUUGACUUUUGCUUAUAACUAUACACUGUCAUCUUCUUAAUAAUAAAGAAGUAUGCCUCGUGUGUGUGUGUGUGUGUGUGUGUGUGUGUGUGUACAAAUGCAUUACUAUUACCAAGUAGCGUUAGGUUUAAUGUCAGUUUCUCCACAGCAAUAACUUUCCCUGUAGACAUAUUUCUAAAUAAAUUUCUAUGGAAGUGU